AUGAUUGGUGAUGGAAUCAAUCAGACUAUCAUCACUGGAAAUCAUAGUUUUGUUGAUGGAUGGACUACGUUCAACUCGUCAACCUUCGCUGUAGUUGGGGCAGGCUUUGUUGCAGUUAACAUGACAUUCCGAAACACGGCAGGAGCAAUCAAACAUCAAGCUGUUGCGGUCCGAAAUGGGGCCGAUUUGUCCACAUUCUACUCGUGCAGUUUCGAAGCAUAUCAAGACACGUUAUACGUCCAUUCCCUCCGACAAUUCUACAGAGAAUGCGACAUCUACGGCACAGUGGACUUCAUAUUCGGCAAUGCUGCCGCCGUAUUUCAGAACUGCAACCUUUAUCCGCGUCUCCCACUGCCCAACCAGUUCAAUGCCAUUACCGCACAGGGCAGAAUGGACCCGAACCAGAACACAGGCAUUUCCAUUCAAAACUGCAUGAUACGACCGGCGGAUGACCUGAAUACGACCAGCAUUCAGACAUAUCUGGGGAGGCCAUGGAAAGAAUUUUCAAGAACAAUUUACAUGCAAAGUUACAUAGAUGGAUUUAUAAAUCCAUUGGGGUGGCAUGAAUGGUUAGGAGAAUUUGCACUGAAUACUUCAUAUUAUGGUGAGUUUAAUAAUAGAGGGGCAGGAUCAAACACAAGUGGGAGAGUAAAUUGGCCUGGAUUUCAUGUUAUUCAAUCUACAGAUGCUGCUAAUUUUACGGUGUCAACGUUCCUGCUUGGAGAUGACUGGUUAUUCGAUACUGGAGUGCCAUUUGAGGGUGGAUUAUUAUGA